AUGGGAGAGAACGGCGUGAGCCAAAGCUUGCCAAGAAGUCAAAGCAGUAGAGACCUGUCGUCUCGCUCGACCUGGGACGCCUCUUCCGAGAGCGAAAGUGAAGACGAAGACCCCAUCGUCAUCCCUUCCCGGACCAACUCCUUUAGCGCCUCCUUUGCGCUCCCCGACCCCCGUAAACCCGUCGGAUCCAUAUUCCACCGCCCCAGACGCAGUACAAGUGAUAGAAGCAGCAGUUCUGCCGGCGGGGAACAAAGUCAACGGAACGGGGACGAGAGCGAAGCCGAAACGGUUCAUAAUGAGCGGCGCCGUCGGGGCGGAGACGCUGCUAGCGAGCUUGCUAAACUUGUCGAAAGUCGCCAGAAGCGUCUGAGCCAGCCCAGCAUGCCCGGACGACUGCUCACCAAUAUUGGAAAUUCUCGGAGCGACACCGUUUCGCCGUCAAGCCUUGCCGAGUCUGGCUACGGUACAGAUAGCCAGGGUGUCCGCUGCGUUUGCAAACGAAGCGGCGCUAGCAAGAAUGCUUUUAUGGUGCAAUGUGAAUCAUGCGAAAUGUGGCUUCAUGGCAAAUGCGUGGGCAUCUCAAAACGCACUAUGACUAAUGUCUAUAUUUGCGCAUUCUGUGCUAACACAGCAACGCUGGGAGGCAGCCGUGCCCGCGAAGAGCUUCACGUAAAUGCGCUUGGCAUAGCAUCGCCGGUGGGAAACAAUGCAUUUCGAUCCUUUCGGUAA